UCUCACUCACUCACAUACACACGCCGCUGGUGCGCAUAGAGACACUCCGCUACAGACAAAAAUACUAGAGGAGUGGUGCCAGAGAUGGAAUGAGUUCUCCUUCGGAACAUAUUAUAUUCAUGUUCGUCACACUUCUCAUGAUUUGCGCUCCAUUCUUGUCCUAAAUACGGAGACUUUUUGUCGGCUUAUAGUUCAGUCAACUGUGUCUCAUCGGUCGUAAAUGCCGGAGUCCAGGAAUCCCUGCGAGCACAGGAGAGAGAAGGGGGGGGGGGAAGGCAAGCGCUUCAGUCGUAUUUGGAGGUAGACUAAGAGCCGCUUAUCAGACCCUGUAGGAAAUACCCCAGGAGGUUUCAAAUCAGUGGACAAGCUCUGUAUGGAACCGGGGAAUUAAGAGGAGUUUAUUUCAUCCACGAGGCUUGAUAACCCAGUCAGGACGACAAUAUUAAAGUUAUAAGGUGGCAUCCCAGUGUGUCGUUCAAGUAGCCUGUAUGCCUGCUUCGGAGGGAAAGCUGUUCACCGCUGUCUUUAGCCUAUUCUUAUUCAAUUAAGUACACUUGGAACAAACAUUAUUCGUUGAUUGUUUUAGUAAAAUAGGCUACGUGGAGUAAUAACAUUUGUUCCUAGAUUUUCUGCAAAAAAAAGGUGUGGAUUUUCUUGAUGGACAACUGAUUUGAUCCUGGGAAGUACCAUUUAAAAAUAACAAGACAUUGAACAUUGCCAAAAUGGAUAUGCUAUCAUCGCUGAUUGGAUUUUUACUUGCAAUGUGUCUAACACUGGGAGUCCGUGGAGACAAGGGGGAGGUGUGUGGGGGCACCCUGGAUGCCAGCGACGCAGGUUACAUCACGUCCCCGGGCUACCCUCUGGAGUACCCGCCCCACCAGAAUUGCCAGUGGGUCAUCACGGCCCCGGAGCCCUCCCAGCGCAUCGUCCUGAACUUCAACCCCCACUUUGAACUGGAGAGACUGGACUGCAGGUAUGAUUUCAUUGAGAUCCGUGAUGGUGGUUCGGACUCGGCUGAGCUGCUGGGUAAACACUGCAGUAACAUCGCCCCCCCAGCCAUCAUCUCUUCUGGUACCGCCCUGCACAUCAAGUUUGUCUCAGACUACGCCCACCAGGGGGCUGGCUUCUCACUCCGCUACGAGAUCUUCAAGACAGGAUCGGAAUUCUGUUUCCGGAAUUUCACAAGUCCUUCCGGAGUGAUCGAGUCCCCCGGCUUCCCUGACAAGUACCCCCACAACCUGGAAUGUUCUUACAUCAUCAUAACUCCGCCCCACAUGGACGUGACCCUGACCUUCUUGACCUUUGACCUGGAGAACGAUCCCCUGCUGUCAGGAGAGGGAGACUGCAAGUACGACUGGCUGGACGUGUGGGACGGGCUGCCCCAGGUGGGCCCUCUGAUUGGUCGUUACUGUGGUACUAAGAUUCCUCCUGAGAUCAAGUCGUCGUCUGGUCUACUGUCUCUCUCCUUCCACACGGACAUGGCUGUGGCCAAAGACGGCUUCUCAGCCCGCUACAACAUGACGCACAAAGAAGUCAGUGACACGUUCCACUGCAGCACAGCGUUUGGUCUGGAGUCAGGAAAGAUUUCGGAUGACCAGAUCUCAGCCUCGUCCUCCUUCUACGACGGCCGCUGGUCCCCACGCCAGGCCAGGCUCAACAACAUCGACAACGCCUGGACACCCAGCGAGGACAGCACCAAGGAGUACAUCCAGGUGGACCUCCACUUCCUCAAGGUGCUGACAGGCAUCGCCACCCAGGGAGCAGUCUCCAAGGAGACGCAGAAGUCCUACUACGUGUCCACCUUCAAGCUGGAGGUCAGCACCAAUGGAGAGGACUGGAUGACCUAUCGCUACGGCAAGAAUCACAAGGUGUUCCAUGCUAACACAGACCCAUAUGAGGUGGUGUUGAACCGCGUACCCCAGCCCGUCUUAGCCCGCUUCGUACGCAUCCGACCUCAGGUCUGGAAGAACGGCAUUGCCCUGCGCUUCGAGCUCUACGGCUGCCAGAUCAUAGAUGCUCCGUGUUCAGAGAUGCAGGGCCUCCUCUCUGGCCUGCUCCCCGAUGCCCAGAUCUCAGCCUCGUCAGCUCGAGACAUGCUGUGGUCCCCUGGGAAUGCCCGCCUGGUGGGCAGCCACUCAGGCUGGUUCCCCGGCCCCGCUCAGCCCCUGGCUGGGGAGGAGUGGCUCCAAGUGGACCUGGGUGUCCCCAAGACUGUCGGGGGGAUUAUUACCCAGGGGGCGAGGGGCGGAGAGGGGACAAGUAAUACGGACAACAGGGCCUUUGUGAGGAAGUACCGCGUGGCUCACAGUCUAGACGGGAAGGACUGGGGGUUCGUUAUGGACAGCAAGACCAGCCUGCCCAAGAUAUUUGAGGGGAAUACCCACUACGACACCCCUGAGCUACGGCGUUUUGAGGAGACCCUGGCCCAGUUCAUCAGGAUCUAUCCAGAGAGGUGGUCUCCUGCCGGGAUCGGGAUGAGAGUAGAAAUAUUGGGCUGUGACGUGCCAGAAACCAGCACGCUGGCUGACACAGCCACACCGACUUUGUCUGGUCCAAUGGAGAGCAGCACUGCCCAGCGGUCGGGCAGAGGAGCUAGCUCCUCCCCUCCGUCAAUGGGUGGUGUGUGUGACCUUGAGCAGGGUCUGUGUGGCUGGACUCACGACCUCAGCGCCCCUCUCCAUUGGUCCCUCCACAGCAGCUCCAAAGCCCCAGCCCAGGGCCCCAGCCUGGAUCUCGCUCUGCCCCCCACCGACCUGAAUAGCUACCUGUACAUCGAAGCCAACCCCAAGACGGAGCGGCAGCGAGCCAGGAUCCUAAGCCCCAUGGUGGGACCCGACACGGGGCCUCUCUGCCUGCUCUUCUCCUACCAGCUGUGGGGAGAGGCCCAGGGCACCUUGCGCAUCCUUCUCCGCGAUGCCCAUCACAAGGAGACCCUUCUCUGGGCACUCCGCGGCGACCAGGGCCCCGUUUGGAAGGAGGGUCGCACCAUCCUGCCCCGAUCCCCUAAAGAGUUCCAGGUGGUUAUGGAAGGCUUCUUUGACCAUGGAACCAAGGGCCAUAUCAUGAUCGACAACAUCCACAUGAGUUCUGGUACACCUUUAGAGGAGUGCACACAACCCUUUGCUGCCUUCCCUCCCGACAUGACAGGGGGAGGUGUUCCUGGCGGGAGUGACCCCACAGUAGACACGUUGGCGCUACCACUCAUACCCACCCUCUGGUACUACCUCGUGGCCGCCGGGGGUGCCCUGAUACUCCUGGCAGUGUCCAUCUUGGUACGGGCGCUCUGUUGCCAUCGACGAAGGCUGGCAGCGAAGAAGAGCCAGCUCUCUGUGUCCUACCACAGCCAAUCCCAGUACUUUCAGUACUCCCAGUGCUCAGCCAGUAACCCGGUGACCGCCGCUCCAGGGACGGAGCCCGUGCUCACCGUGAGGCUAGACAACCACGGCCACCAAACAUAUGCCCUCUGCUGAAAGGAAGAGGUGGGGCUUACAGCUAAACACCUCCCCUUUUGAUGGCAUGGAUCAUGGAGGAUGCAACGGGGGACAAGGAUCGGAGUGGUAUUGACAGUGACAUUUUCUGUUGGGUCCUGCUUUCAUCAGCAGCGGAUGUUAUUGUUCACAGACUAACUCUUCGAACACUAUUUCUAUCAUUUGAAUCUGUCUACGGACUAUGGACGUAGUUUUGGCCACUGUUUUUCUGGGGGAGUUGGUCGUUGACAUUUCACACUUCAAGCUGGGGUGAUGUGAUUCAGAGAGAGAUGAAGCGAUCUAUGUGAGUGGCUCGUUUCAAACCCAACCUCCAGCCUUGCAGGACUAUUGGUUCAAGUUCUGGUUCCUACCCCCUGGGGUUUCCUGAAAUCACACCAGCACGGACACACUCAGUGUGGGCUAACCUCCCGGCCCUGUGUGGGUGCAGUAGUUCAGCCAUGCAAAACCUCCAGCGCUGUCAGACCACAAACAGACAAGCGAGAGACACUGUCUUGCUGACAGCUCCGCUGGGACACUCCGAGAAGAGAGAAGAGCGAGAGGAGGGGGAAUGUUACAGACAGAGACGAUGGAUGUGCCUACAGGAGAGGCUUCAUUGUAAAGAUGGUGCUUCAGGACAGGCUGCUAAGAUGUCAGUGUUAAUAUUACUGAAGGAGAUGUUAAAUAGAUACACUGUAACGAUUAUGUGCGUUUUGUUUAUUAUGAGUGGCCCGGGUUUAUUGGGUAUUCCAGUGUAAGACUAAAAGCAUGUUUGAAUAUGAAGUUGAGCAUUUUUGUGUCGCCCUUAUUGACCUGAGGAAUCAAUCUCAUUCACGCAGCUCAAGAAUAAUAUUUUAGUAGUCCCACACCGGAAACCCCGCAUCAAGCUUUUGAUUGAAUAUGACCCCUCAGUCAGUCUGUGAGCAGAGUCCCCGUCUUUAUAAUAUAAUUAUCAUCAUCAUCAUCAUCAUCACCUGUGAUUUAAUGCUCAUUCCCACAUUGUUUGUGUUCUAUCUUGGAAAGUCCUCGAUGGUGUCACCCAUGUGAAAACAUGUGUCUGGUAAGCCCCACAUCCAACUCUGCAAUACUCUCAAACAGCUGGAAGACCAUUUUUUUUCCUGUUGCGUGUGCUCUUAGUUGAGAAUGCACCAAAACAUCAUGGACAAACUGCAAACGAUGCUUCCCUAUAACUUAAGAUGGAGGCUGGCGGGAUGCAUCCCUCAUUAGAACAUUGAGGGCAUGAACAAAAUGGCAAAGAAUGUAAUGGUAUACCAACUGGUGGCCAAGAGAAUUGGAAAUAUGUUUCAAAUGGGACCAGGCCCAAUUAUGAUUAUAGUUAGCACAUAUUUAAGUUGGUUGGUUUGUUAGUGGUUAUGUAGAGCUCUGUGAAUCAGAUGGCCCUUAAAGGGGAAGUUCAUCCAAAUUACAAAACAUUGGCCAUGUAAACAAAGCCUAAGCAUGGAUUCUAUAGACUGAUUUCAGGGGAAUAUUUGUGUUGUUGUUGAAUUGUGUAGUUUGGUUGAACUAUCCAUUAUUGUACAUCCAGAGCUAGUUUAGUUCAAUACCUGCCCAUUCAGCCCAUUCAGCCACCAAAUAUGUCAAAGGUGUUGGCCGACAUCAAAAGUAGUCUAUGAGAUGAGUCCACGUCCCAUAGUUGCGUAGAUCCAGCUAUAUGCCUCAACCUCGAAUGAGUGGAAAAGAUAAACACCAAAUCAAAUCAGCAAAUGAUGGUGCUUCCAUUUUGCAACCGGUGAACUGGGAUGUGAACUUAUCUCAACGUAAGUCCAAUUCCCAGGUCUGAAAGCAUCUGACAAACUUUGAGUUUGGAAUGAACUGUCCCUUUAAGUAGGACAACCGUGUUUGGGUUAGAGUGAUGCCUCCACGGAAUUCAAUAGAACAUUUCUAUGGAAGCCACCAUGUUAUCAGGGGGGGUUGAAGAAGGCUAUAAGGAGUCUUCCCAUAGAGUCUUCCCAUUGAGUUGGGUGAAUGUGUAUGGCAAUCAGGCUUUUUACUUUUCUCAGAGUUAAGAGGAGUUUUUUUGGCAUCCACUCACAAUGUGCUUUUAAAUCAACUGGGGGUUGGGCACCCCACUCUGUCCAUCUCACCGUAGGUCCGCUCCAAGCUCUUAAUAUCUCUAAUUAGGUAAUGGAGCGAUAACAUUUAUUUAGGCUGUGGUAAGCACUUUUCUCUUUUCCCAUCUCCUGCACACACAGACACAAUCUCUCACGCAAACACACACACACACACACCCACCCACAUGCAGUCUCUCUCACACAUGCACACAUGCACCCCUCCCCCGACACACACACUGCACCCCCCACACACACACACACACACCAGCAGCCAACAGCAGUUGCCCCUGGAGACCAUAUUAAUGAUUCUCGUUGAGGGCUCCAGUUAAGGUGUUCCUGCCAAGCACUUACUCCCACCCCUGUCCACAUGCCAAGUGUUGCGCACACACCUCUCGAGAUGAAAAUCAACCUGAAGUUAAAGUGGCCUUUUCAAAAACGGCGUCGGGGUGAAUUUUGGGGCGUUGAACGGAGGGCUCGGCUUAUGCACUCCUAAGCACCACUCUCAGUGCUGAUACUCAUUGGUAUCUCAUGAUGAUCGCACCACAUCACAACGCACUGGGUGGAAGCCAGGAGGGAACUGUGUUUGAUUGUCUCAUUGUCUGUUUAGCGCUCAAUGCAAAAUCUAUUUGUAUGAUGAUGAUGAUGAUAAAAUGGUUUGCUGAUACUUUACUUGGGCUUUGCACCUCUUUGUGAGCUAUGUCGAAAGUGUGAUUUGAAAUAGUUAAAUGAAUGUGAAUAUAGUAUGGUCUGUGGUAAUAAAGUGAUAUUUUUCUA